GAUAGAAAUUACUAUUAAUAUUGUUUAAACAUUAGGAACCAGCAAAAACUAAUUGUUCAAAAUGAUUCUUAAAAUGGUCAUCAUUUCCUGCUGCGUUGCACUAGCACUUAGUCAAGUUGUCGGAAAAUGUCCCUGUAUAAAUCGCAAAUAUCCAGUUUAUCUUCCAGAUGCAACUUCCUGUUCAACAUUCUAUGAAUGUUCUAACGGAACACCAAUUCAACUGAGAUGUGCGGAUGGAACAUAUUUCGACAGCUCUAGGAGAAUAUGCAACCACCAACAAGACGUAAAUUGUGGCAGUAGAAGAGCAGAUUAAGUCGCAAUUUGAAAAAAGCAAAUUUUCUUUAAUUUUCAUGGUACCUGUGAUACACACAAAAUUGUAUUAGUAAUGUUAAAAAUUAAAAUCAGAAUAAAAAGACA